AUGUCGAAAAUAAUCACCGUCUUUGGCGCAACAGGAUUGCAAGGCGGCUCUGUGAUCCGUGCUGUUCAAUCGCAUCCCCAGCUUUCCUAUGAAUUUAGAAUCCGUGGGGUUGCUCGUGAUCCUAGCAAACCUGCCGCGAAGAAGCUGGCUUCUACUGGUGUGGAUUUAGUCAGGGCUGACCUAAACGAUGUUGACUCUAUGAUAACAGCAAUUAAAGGUUCUCAUACUGUCUUCCUAGUCACUCAAUUUGAAGACUCCUACUCCUAUGAUGUGGAGGUUCAGCAAGGGAAAAAUGCUGCAGAUGCUUGUAAAAGAACAGGCAUUGAACACAUGAUUUUCUCCUCCUUGGUCGACAUUUCUCAAGCGAGCAACAAUGUACUCACCAAGGUGGUUCAUUUCGACAGCAAAGCUCAUAUAGAACAAUAUAUUCGAGAUAUUGGACUCCCUGCCACUUUUGUCCUUGCUGGCUCCUAUAUGCAAAACCAAUUCUACACAAUUCGAAAAGCAGGCGACGAAUACGUUUUACCUCUUCCAGCUGGUGAUAAUAUGCAGUUCCCCUUGCUUGAUGUUGCAUCUGAUUAUGGGAAAUUCGUAAACAUCGCUCUCCUUCAACGACAAGACAUGUUGGGAAAACGGAUCUAUGCAGCACAGGGGUAUUACCGUCCUUCUAGGAUAGCCAAUGAGCUGUCAGAGAUAUUAAAUAGACCAGCACGAGUGCUCAUUCUUCCGCCGGAAGAAUUCCAGAAGUUGAUGCCAGCCACAAUGGCUGAAGAUUUGACCGAAAUGGGCCAAGCAUUUGCGUCUCCUGGAUAUUACGGUGGUGCAGAUCUUAAAGAAAGUCAAAAAUUACUGCAAGGUAAAUUAAAAACGUGGAAAGAUUUUGUGAAACACCACGCGGGUCGGUUUCUUCAGGAUGCUUGA